AAAGAAGGAGAAUGAAGGGCAUGCAUCUGCACAGGAGACACUACUGAGGAACCAACCUGGGCCCUUACCUGCAACCCGCACACAGCCGACACAGACUGCACCGGCCCCUUAACACAGAUCAUUAGUUUGCUUGGCGAGAAGGUGAGGAGGAACCAUGGAGCCUGGUGUGUGGAGCUUAUUUAUCCUGUUUGGACUUUCCCUCUGGUGCAGCAGCGAGGGCCUUACCAAGCACCCCAUCUUUAGCCGGGUACGGAGGGCACCGGAGGACAGAGGUGAGUCUAAGAAGUGUUCCUACACCUUCCUGGUCCCCGAGCAGAAGAUCACAGGCCCCAUCUGUGCCGCCCGGGGCUACGCAACCGACAAGGACCGCGUGACGCGUCUGGACGUGGCAGCAGUGCGUGACCUAAUGUCGAAACAGCGUCGGGAGAUGGAGACGCUGAAGCUGGUGGUGGAUGUGGACGGCAACCUGGUGAAUGAGAUGAAGCUGCUCAGGAAGGAGAGUAGGAACAUGAACUCGAGGGUGACCCAGCUCUACAUGCAGCUGCUUCACGAGAUCAUCCGGAAGAGAGACAACUCCUUGGAGCUGGCCCAGCUGGAGACUCGCAUCCUCAAUGCCACCACUGAGUCGCUACGCCUGGCCUCGCGUUACCGGGAGCUAGAGGCCCGGUACGCGGCCCUGUCAGCGGUGGUGAACAACCAGUCGGUGUUGAUCGGAGCCCUGGAAGAGCGAUGCUUGCAGGUGUAUGGGCGAAGGCACGAGCAGCCGCCCAUGGGCCCCCCACUGGUGCAGGUGGUCCCUGAGAACAUUCCUGUGAAUGUACCACGUUUCACCAAUGAGAUCCAGAGGGAUAAUGCUCGAGCAUUUCCCCGUGACAGGGGCUCUCGCUCUGGGCCGUCUCCCACAGAUGGCACCCUGGAGGCCCAUAAACUACCGGCUGGAAACUUCAGCGCUGAGGGACCAUAUCGAGACUGUCUCGAUGCACAGGACGCUGGCCAUGGCACCAGCGGCAUGUACCUGAUCAAGCCAGACGACACAGAGAGGCCCAUGCAGGUUUGGUGUGAACAGGGAAUGGACAACGGGGGCUGGACUGUCAUCCAGAGUCGGAGAGACGGAUCAGUUAACUUCUUCAGGAACUGGGAUAACUACAAGAGUGGCUUCGGUAACAUAGAUGGAGAAUAUUGGCUGGGUCUGGACGGCAUCUACAACCUAGGGAAGCAGGGGGACUAUAAGCUGCUGGUGGAGAUGGAAGACUGGAUGGAGAAGAAGGUCUACGCCCAGUACAACAGCUUCCACCUGGAGCCGGAGAGCGAGGGCUACCGCCUGAGGCUUGGCAUCUACCAGGGCAACGCCGGGGAUUCCCUCAGCAGCCACAACGGCAAACAGUUCACCACCCUGGACCGGGACAAGGAUACAUUCUCAGGUAACUGUGCCCACUUCCACAAAGGAGGCUGGUGGUACAAUGCCUGUGGCCAAGCCAAUCUGAACGGCGUCUGGUACGCCGGAGGGGUCUAUCGGAGCAAGUUUCAGGAUGGAAUCUUCUGGGCCGACUACGGCGGAGGUUUCUACUCCAUGAAGUCUGUCCGCAUGAUGAUCAGGCCCAUAGACUGAGAGCAAACCGUGAAGCGGUGGUGCAGGGGUAGCGGUGGAGGGAGUGGUCAUUCUUGCACCUCUUGAUAAAUUAUAGCAGUAUACGUCAAUAGCGAUUGGUCAAAUAGACUGGCAUACUCUGACUCCCGGAAAAAGGGCUGCAGAGGCCUCGCCAGGACACUGUCGGGAAUAACCAGCCUUCAGUAUCAUCCAGAACUGUCCCAUGCGGCAGACACGGCACUGUGUGCACAUUGAGCUCUGUAUAUCAUCACGACUUCAGAGAUGAACAUUAGUUAGGAGAAAAAUACAUUUUAACAGCCAUGCAUAUGAGUCAAAGGGAAUCAAGAAUAAAAAAACCUGUGCAGGUUGACAUACUAUACCUGUCACUACCAGCCAACACAGAGGAGGUACACCCAGCAACCUGCAUGAAAAAACUUCAAGCCGAUAUCAGUAAUGAGUUGUAGUGUCACAGGGCUUACAUAAUAGGGAGUCUGUCUACCUCGCCAAAGAAACUUCUGUGUGGGGCACACUCAUACACAAUACCUAAGCUACAUGUUAGAAUUAGGAGGGGUGGGGGGGUGUGUUUUUUAGAGGUAUACGAUUCUGUUUAACUGUAUCUUGGUUUUCUGGCCCAAUGCUUGAUGAGCUGGAGAAAUGAGGGCAAUUCACAUAUGGUUGAUGUAUAAUACUGUGUGUUAUGAUUGUGCCAAAAAAUGGUACUUAUUGUAUAUUUUCUCCCGACAUUUAUGAUACCCUUAUUACUGUAUUUGGUUUGCUUAGCCCCAAUGCAUAUGACCAGCAACAUCGGGUAAUUUAAACGUUCAUUAAGAUACCAUUAAAGUCAAAUGGACCUGGCGUCCUAGGAAACAGGAAAUGAUCCCAUGGAAGAGAGAGCGAGCGAGCGAGCGAGCUUCCUCUCUAUUGUAUUUAUGACAAUCAUUCUCAAGGUGUGCUAACAUGGCUGAUGAGGUAUGUAAAUUGCUGUUUUUCUUUUUUUUUCUUUUUUUCUUUUUUUUUUUGCAGUUGAUUAAAAUUCAAUACGACCCCUGGAAAAACAUGCAUUGUCCGAGAUGAAAAAGACACAAUUACAUUUUGUUCAGAGUGGUUUUUGGAGCACCGAAAAUAUGCCGACCUAGCGAGCUGAAAGUUGGAGGCUUUGGGACAGACAACGAGAAACACAUUUCUGAAA